UCGUGACAUGCCGCCAAAGCUGUGACUUGUCACGGUGAAAUAAUCGCGACUAGUAACAGGUAUGCAACUAUCGCGCAUCCCUAACUCACACGUACACACAAUUUAUUUAGUCGUGAUUUCUAUUUUAUUUGUUUCAAAUUACAACCAAAAAGAAAACACAUUGCGACCAAAAAUCGCUGGCCACAAUGCCGAGUGCCUGUUCAACUGUGCGCAAGCAUUCCCUUUAAUCGGAAGCGAGCGCGUUUGCCGUUUUCAGCGUUUUCCGCGCGGGAGUGGGAGAUCGGAAAAUCCGCAGCAGGACAAGCCAUCGGUCCGGAGCAACAUAGGGAUAUUUAGGAUAAAGUAACGUAGUUCCGCACACAAUCGGGGGGCCAGCAUGGAGCGGCGCGUGAAGUUGAAGACGAUCAAUCCGCACAUCACGUGCAAGAUCUGCGGGGGCUACUUCAUCGAUGCCACCACGGUGACGGAGUGUCUGCACACAUUUUGCAAGAGUUGUCUGGUAAAGCACCUGGAGGAGAAGAAGACCUGCCCCACCUGCGACAACAUUAUUCACCAGUCCCAUCCCCUGCAAUACAUCAGCUUCGAUCGCACCAUGCAGGACAUUGUGUACAAACUGGUGCCGAAACUGCAAGAAGAUGAAUCGCGCCGGGAGCGGGACUUCUACAAGAGCAGGAACAUGCCGUGCCCCAAGGACAUCACGCAGAACCACGACGACGACAACGAGAAGGUGAUGGACGCCCACGCCGAGUCCGACUUCCAUCGCCUGGACGAGCAGGUGAACGUGUGCCUGGAGUGCAUUAGCAAUAACUUCAAGAACCUGCAGAGGCGCUUCAUUCGCUGUAGCUCGCAGGCGACGAUAACGCACCUCAAAAAGCUGGUGGCCAAGAAGAUCCUCAACGGCAUUGAAAAGUACAGAGAGAUCGACAUCCUGUGCAACGAGGAGCUGCUCGGCAAGGAUCACACGCUGAAGUUCGUCUACGUGACGCGCUGGCGCUUCCGGGAUCCGCCGCUUCGGCUGCAGUUUCGUCCACGGGUCGAGCUCUAACCACUGUUUUAGUAUAAUGCCACAACAAAUGAUCUAUUUUUAUAAUUUAUUGACAAAGCGUAAAUAUCGUAAUUAGGAGAGUCGCUAGUGUUAGUCCCCCGAAACCAUGAGUGUAUGUGUAAAUGUGCAUGUAUAAAGUCGUAAGUAUAUGGUUAUCCCUCUUAGGAUUAAGUAACUUCCUCUUCCUAACUCGUGUGCCCCUUUUGUUGCCGCUGUCUUUGCUGCAUUUGCUCAUGAUUUAAUCAACGUUCUCCGUUUGCAAUAUUUUAUGUUCUCCUCCUUUAAUAUAUAUAUGUAUUUAUUAUUUUAAUGUACAAAACACACGAAUGUAAAUAAAUUUGUAAUUAUGCCG